UCUUAAGACCGUGAUGCGAGCUGCGUGCAAACCUUUCAUUUACAACGUGCAAAACCACAGGAAUAUUUUCGCAUCUCUUUGGGUCCACAGCGCUGAGUGAAAAACUUUACCUGGAGGCUUUUCGAGUAGGAAACGCUGUCAGGGAAGCGAGCCUUCAAAGGCAUCGUGCUUUCUACUGGGAAUUUACAAACCUACCUCAGACCUUUGGAGGGAGCUUCCUCAAAGCGCGGGCGGGAGAGGAGAAAUCAGAUGCCUCGUACUAGCCCGAUUUUUUUUUUUUCAGCCAUGUUGUUCACGCUGAGUCUUUGCAGUCUGUUACCUGCACCCAUCUCCUUAGUGUUCUGCAUACCUGGGAUUUGGCAGUAUCUGGAAUAGUGCCAAAACCCCAAAACGCAAGAAUUAUGUCAGUUAAUUUUCGUAGCAUUUUUCAGUGGGAUGCACCUAAGUUUUACAAAGGGAAUAUAAGUUACACUGUCCAAUCUAAGAGCAACGUUUUCCAUGGAGGCACAUAUGAAAAAGAGAUCACAAACCUGAGACUCACAGAAUGUGAUGUCUCUUUUCUGUCUGCAUAUGGAGACUAUAUUUUACAGGUCAGAGCGGAGUCAGAAAAUAACCAUUCAGACUGGGCAACCGUCAGAUUUAAGCCUAUGGACGACACAGUUGUUGGGCCACCUCUUAUAAAAGUGAAGUCUGAGUCUGGGUACCUGCAUGUGGAUUUCAUAGGCCCUUUUGCUGAACAUGAACAUGACAGGUGGCCUCUAAAGCACUAUUACGGCUCAUGGAAUUACAGAAUACUGUACUGGAAAGAAGGCAGCGAUACAGAGGUAACUCAUGUAGAUACUAAACAUAACUCUGAAAUAUUAUCUCAGUUGGAGCCGUGGACAAUAUAUUGUAUUCAAGUGCAAGCAGUUAUCCCUGACUGGAACAAAACAGGGGAACUGAGCAGAGAGCUUUGUGAGCAGACAACCCACAACGGUGUAAUUCCUGUGUGGAUAAUUGUGACCAUUCUAAUAGGAUCAACAUUGGUUGUUGUAAUAUUUGUUCCUGCUUGUUUCUUCUCCUUUUUGUAUCUAUAUCGACUCACCAAACGUGUUUUCUGCCCUUCAUAUCUUUUCCCACAACACUUGAGAGAGUUUUUGAGCAAGUCUCCCAGUGGGUCACAGUUUUUUUCUCCUCUCCCACAAGAAGAGCAUGUUUUUUACGACAAGUUAACUGUCAUUUCAGAAGAAUACAAAAACCAAAGCGAUGAGACAGGGGAUGAGGCCAGCAAGACAACAGAGCACCUUCAGGACUCUGAACAAGAAGAUUCUGAUUCAAGAACAGUGCCAGCCUCAGAAAAGGCUUAAAUGCACUCCUCAUAGGUCACUCGGACCAAAAGAAAAGCCAAUGUGCUGUUGAGUUUAUCUUCUUAUUGCUGAAUUCUUAAGACAGUAAAAAUUCGUAGAUGAUGAUGUGUACACAGACUUUUGACAGACUUUUUUUUUUUUUCAAGUACAAGAAACUUGAAUAUAAAUGAGAAAUUAAAUGAUACAUAAUUUUUGCCACUGUUUGGAGUGGCUCACUGUUAAGUUGUAGCAAUACCUAGGACUGUAUUAUGACAUUAAUUUAAAAAGCAAAUAUCAUAGAUCUAAUACUAGUUAAUUUAACUGUGAUGGACUAUUUAUUGCAAAAGCUACUCAAAAUGACAUAUACUAUAAGAUUAGUAAAAGAAAAUACUAUUUUAUAAAGAAAGACCCGAUCUAACUUUUUUUAAAUGAGAAAUUGUGUGUAUUUCUUAAGGAUAUCCCUGGUGGCAUAAUCUUUCUCUUGAAUAUUUUUCUACCUGAUGCAAAAUUGUAAAGUUACUAUGAUGGUAUGAACUUGACGUGAAUAAACCAAACACAAAUAUUUAGUGCGU